AUGCUGGAGACUUUAACACAUAAGGUGUUUAAUGGCUGGAUAGAUUUUGAAAUCAAUGACUACUUUUCUACUGAAACCCAAGACUACAUUCUAAAAUUCAUCCGAAUAAUGAUGGCGAGUUACAUAAUACUGGAGUGGCUAUAUGCGUAUAAGCCAGGCUGGAAGAUAACUUUAAAUGAAGUCAACGAACUGAAGAAAGUUAUUGAAAACCCGAUCAUUUACAUUCCAAACAACUCUCUCUCAAACAUGAAGGAAAUCAAAUACACUCUUGACGAAUUCGUGGAUAAAUUCGGCGAUGAGAGCGACGACAGUGAUUAUUCUUACGAAUCUGAGAGUUUGAGCUCUUCUGAGUUCUUAAGUGAUGAUGAGCUGGGGUCAGGCUCCGACUACCUGGUCGAGGAUUACUUAGAUUCCCGACUUUUGAGAAAUAGAAGGAAGCCCUACUUUACUCGCAGAUCACGCAUGUUUCAUUACUAA